AAUAUGCUUUGCAUAUAGCCGCAUAGAUCAAUUGCUCUAACCGCCGCGUGCAAAGCUCCGCUCACCGGAUAAAUGGUUCCGGUGGCCGGUGGGUCAAUAAGUUUUUAGCUUUCUUAAAAUCAUGGAUUCCACCCAGGAGGUCCCGGAAUCUGAAGGGCACAAGAAGGAGAAUUUCUCUAUUGUUACACUGCGGUGGAUUGUCGGUCUUCUACUGUCCAUCUUAUUCUUCUUAUCGCUUCCCUUUUUGGUUGGUUUUACAGUUGUGCUGAGCACGAAUUUAUCAAUUUCGAACCCUAUUUCCCUGCCUUCUCAGUGUAAGAUUGUAUCUAGCGGUGUUGACAUAAGGUCAUCCAAGAGUUGUAAUUUUGGUUUACCGAAUUAUAAAGCAAAGCAUAUAUCCCAUCCCUUUCAAAGAAGCAAAUUUCGCUGCUAUUAUGACUAUUAUUGGGCUUCCAUAUUCAAGGUAGAAUAUAAAGAUGUCCUUUCAGGUCAGACAAUGUAUGCAUUUGCAGAGGCUCCAAAUGAAGCCCUUCCUCUUUAUUGCAGGCCCAAUUUUGGUGCUGCAUGGUUGACCCAAUAUAAAUUCAAGAUCAAUGAGACUUAUAACUGCUGGUACACAUCUGGCGUCCCCAAAGUGCGAUUAGAUCAACAUGAUAUUUUCGGUUGCCAUGCGGAUGAGAAAUCGACUAUGGACACAAUUAGACAAUAUUUCACUCUGACCAUAGAGAUGGUGAAUUCCUGGAGUACCGGCAAGGCAAGGGUCAAGAUUUUGAAGUGGGAAAUGAUAGCUGGGGUUGUAACUGGGUUUUCAACUUCUUUGAUCUCCAUAGCCUUGCUUAGGUUCAUACAGCGGCUGUUUUCUUCACCGCAUUGAGCUUCUGCCACAUGUUAUCUCCUCCACCUGUCAAUGGUGUUCUCAUCAAAUGUUUUGUGCUUUGGUCGGCUACAAAAUCGGAAGAGUCUCGGUCUGAUGGAUAUAUUCAGUUUUCAGGAUUUCAUGAGUUGUGGCACUUGUUUUAUUGAAGUGCCAUGUCCUUUCAUUUAAUUACCUUGUAUCAUUAUAGCUGCAGCUGAUAGCAUUAUUGUCGUUUGAUAAAUUAAUGGUGGCUCCAUAGACUUAUUUGUAAUCGAUCUGUGUAGAAAGAAGUUUGUAUAGUUCAGAUGACAGUCUCAGAAUUAUAAAAUUGAAUCAAGUCAUGGUUCAGUACUAGCUAUUAAUGAAAUAUAAUGACUGCAUU